UUAGAAGGUCUACCUCAUCAUUCCAUUGUCAGCAACAUUCUCCUUUCAUAAAAAAAAGCGCAGCGUCCAAUUAUGCACAGAAUCACCCUUCCCUGUCUGCGGUUUGUAUAAGGAUGAGAGGUAUACAGCAGAAACAGCAAUGCGAAGCACGCGUCCCAUUGGUGAUAGUGCGCAGGCGUCAAGGGCGGAACACGGGCGCGCGGCCACGCCACGCACGCGCCGCAGAAGGAUCAACGGCAACAGAAGCUGCAGAAGUCCCUCAUUCCCCUACCGCGAGUCCGCCGUGCUCUUUGACGUCAUGUGCUCCUUUCAGUUUCCAUAGCGACCAAUUUCCCUAACCCCUCAGUCUAUCUCAUCUUGUAGGCUCCACAAUGGUACAGCCAGCAUCUUGCAGCACCAUGGUUGCAAGACGGUAAAGUGGAGUGAUUCAGCAAGCCGACUUCCCCGUUUUCUUUUUUUUUCAUUGUCCCAAGCUGCGCCCUUGUGGUUUCGUUUACAUUGCCUUUUCACCUUGAAUUUAUUGCGCUAUUUUCUUUUGUUUUUUGCCCGUUUUCUCUCACAUCUCGGAAUGUUUUGAAAAGGACUGUCGCCAGUCCAGGAUUGUCGUCAGCUGGCACGGAAUGAUUGCUUCCAGCUGUGGGACAUUCUUUGGCCAUCUUGCAUGCACAGCACGUUUAGGAUCUACCCACAGAUUUUCACUGAUGUUCAAGUAUGGGGACUGAGAUGUCCAUUCCAAAAUCUUCAUCUUGUAUUUCUUGAGGUAUUUCUGAGCCGCCAUUUCUUGUAUUACUGCAGCGAACCUAUCCUGGAUGUGAAGAUUGCCUUUUGUCAGGGAUUUGGUAAACAAGUGGAUGUUUCAUACAUUGGUAAACAUUACAACAUGAGCAAAAGCAAAGUGGACAACCAGUUCUACAGUGUGGAAGUAGGAGACUCCACCUUCACUGUUCUAAAACGAUACCAGAACCUCAAGCCUAUUGGCUCUGGAGCUCAGGGAAUAGUUUGUGCCGGAUAUGAUGCUGUUCUUGAUAGAAAUGUGGCCAUUAAAAAACUCAGCAGGCCAUUUCAGAACCAAACCCAUGCCAAAAGGGCUUAUAGAGAGCUAGUACUCAUGAAGUGUGUAAAUCACAAAAAUAUUAUCAGCCUAUUAAAUGUAUUUACGCCACAGAAAUCUUUAGAAGAAUUUCAAGAUGUAUAUCUUGUAAUGGAAUUGAUGGAUGCCAAUCUUUGUCAAGUGAUCCAGAUGGAACUAGACCAUGAGCGAAUGUCUUACCUACUCUAUCAGAUGUUAUGUGGCAUCAAGCACCUGCACUCAGCUGGCAUCAUUCACAGGGACCUGAAACCUAGCAAUAUUGUGGUGAAGUCAGAUUGUACUCUUAAAAUCCUUGACUUUGGACUGGCGAGGACUGCAGGAACAAGCUUCAUGAUGACGCCAUAUGUGGUGACGCGCUAUUACAGGGCGCCUGAAGUCAUCCUGGGGAUGGGAUACAAGGAAAAUGUUGAUAUAUGGUCCGUUGGGUGCAUUAUGGGAGAAAUGGUUCGUCACAAAAUCCUCUUUCCGGGAAGGGACUAUAUUGAUCAGUGGAAUAAAGUGAUUGAACAGCUGGGAACACCUUCUCCAGAAUUCAUGAAGAAGCUCCAACCAACAGUGCGCAAUUAUGUGGAGAACCGACCCAAGUAUGCAGGACUUACAUUCCCAAAGCUAUUUCCUGAUUGUCUCUUCCCAGCAGACUCUGAACAUAACAAACUGAAAGCCAGUCAGGCCAGAGACCUUUUAUCAAAGAUGCUUAUUAUUGAUCCUGCAAAACGAAUAUCAGUGGAUGAAGCUUUGCAGCAUCCCUACAUUAAUGUCUGGUAUGAUCCUUCUGAGGUUGAGGCGUUGAAGGACUCAGAUCACAUCCAAACUUCCAUGCCUCCUCCACAGAUUUAUGAUAAGCAACUUGAUGAAAGAGAACAUACAAUUGAUGAAUGGAAAGAGCUCAUCUAUAAAGAAGUUAUGAACUUCGAGGAGAAAACUAAAAAUGGUGUUGUGAAGGGACAACCCUCUCCUUCAGGUGCAGCCGUAAACAGCAGUGAAAGCCUCCCUCCGUCUUCUUCUGUCAACGAUAUCUCCUCCAUGUCAACUGACCAGACUCUGGCAUCGGAUACUGACAGCAGCCUGGAAACUUCUGCAGGACCCCUCGGUUGUUGCAGGUGACUAGCCGCCUGCUUGCGUAACCCAGUAUUCUUCAGAAGGUGAAAAUAAUACCAUUAGAGAGAAAAACAAAAAUGAAAUUCAGCCUGUAUUUUCAUGAUGAAAUUAUGUGGAAUAAAUAUUUCAAGCUAAAAUGUAUAUUUAUUCAAAUCUAGUUGCUUUGCUGGUAUUUUCCUUCAUAUGGCAUUAAAGAAAGCUUAGGUGGGCAUUUUUCUGUAAAGUUUAAAUUAAUGGCUGAUUUAAAAACAACCUGUAAGCUACCGUACUACCAUGCUGAUUUGGUAAGAUGAGCAUUUUCUUUGUGAUUCUGGCAAUAUUUUCCACAGGUAUUUCCUUCUAACAUGCAAGAGAGAUCAUUCUUGUCGAACAAGGCUUAUGUGAUUAUGUAUACAAUGAAGAAACAGAAUGGUUUCAGGACCUUUGGCCGCUCCAAUGAAUAAUGCAUACCUUGCCGUAUCUUUGCUUAAACCUUAGUUGCCCUUGCCUGUAGUACUGCAUGAUCAAAAUGCUAACUAUAAGAUUAUUAAGAAAACACUUAUCCUGUUAAUAACCCUUGCAAGUAAUACUGAUUUGGUCCAGUUGCAAAUGUACAGUAAGUGUUUUGACUAAGGAAAUCCAGUACUUGAGCUGCAGGGGCACAGGUGAACUACUGUCAUAUAUAGAGCCCCAACUUAGUUUCCUUUCAGAUUGUCUAAAUAUGUCUCUCACUCAUUUAUGCAUGUCAUAAUAAAGAACAUGGUUUUCUUGAAGAAGUAACUUGCAGGCAGCAUUACUGUAGCUGUGUAUAACAAGUGAUGAAAACAGAAAAAGCCUUGAAAUGAAAGUGGAGUUGCUAUACUUAACAAUCAUACAGCCUGCAUCUCCCGUAGCAGUGCCAUGCUUUUGAUGAUGGAUGACGCACUCAACAAACAUUUUCAGGAGAGAAUCAUUUUUCCACAUAAAUGCAAACUGCCGUGGAGUAGGGAACACAUUUCCAGUCAGUUACUUUAAAACUAUGCUAUGUUCAUUUAAAAUUGAAUUUGGCAAGUGCCUUUUUAUAAGCUUUUCUAUUUUUAGUUCACAAUUAAAGAAAAGAUUUGGUGUGCCGUCAUGCCCCUAAAAUCCUGGGGAGUCCCUCAUAACAAUUUUAGGGUUUUUUUUUUCCAAGAAAUUUGAGCUCGGAAUAUUGUAGAUGAACUUCCAUAUAUUGCCACAUGGUUCAUGAUCUAAGGUUUAUGUUAAACAAUUUUCAGUUUUCUUGCUAACCACCUGUCCAACAUGAUACGUACACACUUGCCCCUCUCCUGCGGUCACUCAGUGGUAUCAGUUGACUCAAAUUUUUUUUUUUGUGAAUGUCUUCACUCUUUCAGCUCUAAGAAUCAACUGAUCUUUGUGCUCUGUAUCUGCUCUCAUAUUCAUUCAUUUAUACCUGCAUAGAUUGACAUUUGCACAAUCUGAGAUCAGGCAACUGCAGUGGCUCAGACAGUCACAGUCGGCUAAAAUGAGCCGUGUAGCCUAGUUUGUUAGCGGUCAGGCCGUGUUACAUGUCAACAUCAGCUAUUAACUGCUGUUUUUAAGCUGUGAGCUGACUGUUAACUAUUAAACAUUACUUUUUAAUUACACAUUUUAACCAGUACUUUAUGUUUCAUGAUAAUUUUUAGUAUUCUUCUCACCCUGAAUCUGCGUAAUGAAGUCCAUUUUGCCAAGACAAUUUUACUGACCUUUUUUUGCAGGCCUGUGAGUAAGACUACUUUGGUGUACUUUUUCAAGAAAAUGGCAUCAUACACUUUACAAUAGUUACUUUGCCUGUUUCUUAUAAAGACAUGUAUCAAUGAGCGAUUUUAUUUUUGUGUAUAAUGAAAUCCUGAAACAUGACAAAAUAUGCUACAGUAUAUACUGGGCUGAAAAGAGAAAUGUAUAUAAAACUGAACAUUCAAUGCACAAUUACUACUGUUUAAGUGGACCUGCCAAAAGUUCUUUGUUUUCUGUAUUUGUUUUUUUUUGGGGGGGGUCUCAUGUUGAUUUGUGUUUCUUCACUGACUGUAGCUUCAGUACUAUAGCAUCCACUACUAGAAAUAUUUAAUAUGAUAAAUUUGAGCCUUCAUGUUACAUGCUUAUCUGGGAAAGCUUCAUGAAACCAAAAGUGAGACUCAGCAAUGUGGCAUUGAUUUGGGGAUAUCGACAUUUCUUACUGUUCUUACCUUCAUACAUCGUCGUAUAGUAUCCAUCACCAUUGCCUGUACUUAAUUAUUCUAAAGACUUCGCAGGCUUUUUUUGUGUUUUUUUCAAGCUAAAUAUGACAAUAAAGUCAUUUGUCUUGAAAAUGUAUAAAGCAUGGUAGGGGAUAUCCAUUAAAAGCUGUUUUAACUGAAUUAUUAUUUUGAAACAGUUUGUGUCACUUAAUACAAACUGUCUUUAGAAAAAAUAUAAUCAUGGUAGCUCUUUAAACAGUCUUUUUUAGGCAAAGUAACACACUCAUGUGUAGCCUAACCUUCUAAAACAAUAAUGUAAUUAUUCCAGUGUUUCAACUGAUGACACCACUUUGGCACCCCAAGUUGGAUUGGUUAGCCAAAGAAAGAACUCGUUUUAGAUUUUUAAUGAAAAAGAAUUACAGUUAGAAUUAAAAUCAAAAAAUCCUAUACCAUACCAAUUUCUAAGCCCACUUAAUCCAAGGCAGGGUCAUGCUGGGCUGCAGCCUAGCAAAUAUAGAGAGAGCAAAGCAGGAACAGUCUCGUGGCAGGGCGCCAGUCCAUCUCUGAGCCAACAUGCACACACCACACAUACACACACACACUAGUGCUAAUCUAGAGACACCAAUCCAUGUGGUGAAAAGAAGCAAAAAUCAGAAUGAAACAAAAUUAAAAAUGAGAGUGAUUCUAAUUUUGGCAUUAUCUAAAGAUAAUGUGUUUUACAAGAGCGAUUCUUGACAGUUUCAGGUGAUAUGCAAUUUGGCUUUAAAACCAAGUGAGAGACCAGAAUGAAAAUGAUAACUCAUAAUGGUAUAUGUAAAAAAAAUGGAUUGCUGCUACUAAUUCACUAUUUGUUCAACUCAAAUUACAUGGAUGGAACUGUCCACUUGGGCAAAUAACAUGUCUGUUAGAAGAACGCAGCAGAGAUCACAAUAUCCUAAAGGAUCUGGCAAAGAAAUGGUCAAGAUAAGAAGUUGGAGUCUGUUACACGUCGGGUCCACACAAACCUACAAAUACCAUCAGAAAGUAACAAAAGAUUCAAAGCCUGGAAUUCCCCAAACAAGUUCUGGCAAACAAACAGCAGUUCAAUCGUAAUGUUUGACUUCUUCCCUGAGCGCACCACCUUCAUUUAAACUGCCCUCAUGUGGAUGUCACAGGCAGUGCAAGUCAGGGCCAUUUUGUAUGGUGAUGAACUGCGCCCACUGCUGCAAAAUGGCAGGGUAGAUUGAAAAACAAGUAGAAUUAUCAAAUAUUUUUAUAAAAAAAAAAGUAAAAAUGUAUAUUAUUUAAAGCCCAACAAAACAGACUACACAGAUGUAUUCCUAAUAUCAUCACACUAAUGCUAAGUCACUGCAAUAAUGCACCAGACUUUUUUCUUGACUUGUUUGCUUCUUCGUAUUUUGUUAACUCCCUGAUGCACUAAUCAUCUCAAUUCACCAUUUACCUAUCCAAAUUGGGCAAUUAAUGAUGAGUUCAUCAAUAAGCUGCUUAAGCUAAUUUUUGCUGUUGCUGCAUCUGACUUGAUGACACAUUGGGGGAAAAAAAAAUACUGAGCAGCACAGUAGUCUUGCUGUGCUUUGUGUUGAGUGAGGCAUCUUUCUUCAGAUCAUUUACAUUUAGUAUGAUCAGCUAGUGCAGUGCAGCGGUGUAAUAACACCCUGACUGUAAGCCCUAAAGAAGAUCAAAUUCCAGCCCAAUGCAAAGUCAUCUUUCACAUGCUCCAUUUUCUUUUCUGCAGGUUCAAACUUUAGAAACAGUUCACCCUGUAUACUCUUUCAUUUGAUCUUGAAUUUCCUACUAGAGUCAAUAAGUAAGCAUUGAAAGUUAAAUGGAAACAGGACUAAGAUAACUGAAAUUUUAUUAUUGCACUUCUGGGUCACUUGGGUCCAGAGUCCAUUUCAUUGAAUUUUGUCUAAUUUUGGUCCAAUACAAUUGCACACGACAAAUUCAAUAACAUUUUAAUAAUAUACUGCAGAUUAAUUUAAACAUCCCCCAAAAAUGUAUUCUUUGGGAGUUGGCACAGUACAUAAAUAACUUGGCCAUAACUGAUAACAACAAUCUUUCCAAAGAAAUAAAAUCUUUUUGUUGUGACCAAAACUGGGUGAUAUUUUGGAUUCAUCAGUUCUUUAGCUAAGUCAUAAAUGUAUCUGUCUUGCCCUAUCCACUUUCUUUCCACUAACAAUCAGUAAGAGAAUUCCUUCUGGCUCUGUCCAUCUGACCUGAUUGCUCUUUGGGAUUUGAAUGUUAGUAUAUUGUGCACUUUUCUAAUCAACAUUUGGUUUAAAAAUAAAUAAUAUUAUUAUUUGUAUGGAGUGCAAUGAAAUACUUAGUUGGAUGUCCAACCAUGCAGCAUGUCGCCACUCUUCCACACCAUAAUAAAUAAGAAAUUAUUAUUUUAUAAGUUAAUUUUAUCAAACAGAAAACACAAAUCAGCUUAACUUACCCCAGUUUCAAUUCCAUGUGUUCAGAUAAGAUACCAGAUCCUGAAACCUUGUGAAUAAAACCCUUGUUAUGUAUAUUUUCAAAAUAAUUCCAUCAGCAUUCAGUAGAAUGGGCACAACUACUCCCAAACAUUAACUACAUAUCAUCAUAAGAGUUUUAAUAUUUAAAAUAUAUUUCUCUUAUUUAACUAUUAAAUGAGUACUGAGUACCAUUGGUCCGGAGGAAAACUGCUGAAAUACAAGUAGAUUACUCUGUCUGAACAGCACCAGACUCUAAACUGAUUAUUGUUUCUUUGCAUUGUAUAAUGUCAUUUAUACAGAACUCUACUUUUUGAAAAUAUCAUUUUUCCUUUCAUACUAGUGGUGUACAGAAUUUUAAGAUUUUAAUAUUUAUCUGAAUUAUGGUCUAGUUCUGAGUCUAGUCCUGAAUCCCUAUUAUUAAUACUCACAUCUAAGUAAAUUAAUUUGUUUAAAAUUAAACGUUAUCAUAUAGUUACAUUUUCCACUAAAUACUGCUUUAACAAGGUGUGAGGUCCAUGAUGGAUUCAUUUAGCUUCUGUUCAGCUACUGAUUAUUCAUGUAGGCCUCAAGACGUGCACAGCGAAACAGCAUCAAUAUUUUGAUUGGCGUUCUUUGUGAAUAUUUUAACACUUUCCUCAGGAGUUUUCUGGCACUUCUUGGUGGCUUUUCUGCGGUUUCUGUGGUCGAAGAAUUUGAUUAGGACAUUUAUUUUGUCCUAUCUUGGUUCCUGACUAAGUUGUAAUUUUUUUGCCCCGUAUCAUGGCACCAUUUUGAAUAUUAGCCAGCAGCUACAUUUAGUGAUUUUUUACGUCGUCCAUUACCGAGACAACCUCCCAGAAGCUCCUGGGAACCUGCUCAUGUUUGUCAUCGGUGAGACCCUUUAAAAAGAUCAUUUAUGCACCGUUCAGGUAUCUGUGUUUUCGAUAAAACUGAAAGACUUAAUGUGCACCUCUCAGUAUUUCCAUUUUUGGUUUUCUGAUUUCCUGUCCAGUUUUUGGUUCUGAUUCUUGUCUCACAUUUCUGGCUUAGUGAAUAAUCAGUUUUGUCUCUUUGGUUUUAACCCCAGCGCAUAUCCCAUUCUGUUCUUGUUUCAUCUUCUGGUCCCGAAAUAAAAAUCAUUCUGCUUUGACAGAACAAUAAAGAGUAUUAACUUCACAAACUUUGUAAAAAUAUGAAUUCAAAUAUUGCACAGUACAUGUAAAGCACCUUUCAGAAGAUGUAAAUGCUUGUAGUAUCCAAUGGGGGGUCACCAUACUGUGUCCCACCUAUCUUAUGGAUUAUUUUUAUGCUGGAGGUGCUAGUGAUGUGCCCAAAAAAAUUUGUUAGAGUGCAAUGCUGUGGAGCACCACUUGAGGGAGUUGUCAGAUAUCACAUAAAGUAGUUCAGAUUACAGUAAUUAAAAUGCAUUAAUCAAUAAACUGAAGAUUUCAGUUUAAAGAAUGAAUUGAAAUCCUACUGUUUAGAAUAGAAACCAGUCACGCUUCUAAAAACAAUCAGCAUCACUCAUUUAAUUAGCUAAUUUAUGUAUUUUAUUACGUUCUUGUUUAUUCUGGAGGUGGAGAGUGGCGACAUUGUUAUCGAAUUUCACUGUACUCUGUGCACAUGACAGUAUUACUACUACUAUGGCUACAUUUGAAGUGCCUUGUGUAAUAAUGUGAGUGUGGGGUAGCAGUAUAUUGGAGCAGAGAUGGACUUCCACUCUUUUUAAAAUCCAAUCGAUGAAUAACAGUGUUCAUGUGUUGAAGAUUUUAAAGAAUACUCAUGAAGCUGUCCAUUUCAUGUUUCCCAUUCAUCAAAGUAUCCCCAGUAUAUCUCCUUUUUAUAACAUUGAUCAAUGCCACAAUUUGCUGUAACCAAGAGAAGACUGACGUUUUGUCCCUGUCAUCUCCCACCUCGCUCACAGCUACACCAUGGCACCAUCCUAAUCAUAUCUAACAGGCAGGCCUUUUGCUGCGCCAUAAAAGAGUUGCACAUUGAAAUCUGCUUCAAAAUUAUAUUGUGGCACUGAAGGCUGAAAUUAGUCCAUAGCUAGGAGUCAAAGCAGUGUGGGCUGACACUUAAUGGUAGUGGAACUGAAAACUAGUCAUGCCCAAGUGUGGUCGUAUUAAUGUGAAGAUCACCAUUUCCAUUUCUCAAAUUGUAUAGCCACAAUGGCUGCUAGCUUUGCUGUGUGCAGCAUUUCAUGAUGAAUGCUUUUUCCAAGUACGUCACAGGUACAAUGCAAUUUUUACACUAAAAUAUUAAAAUACUAUAAAUAAAAAGGCUGCUCUUGGCAUGAAGAUUCUGAUCUCACUGGUACUUUUGCUGCCUAGUCAGUGAGGAGGUUUUUCUCUCUUUAAGCAAACUGAUAAAAAUGUGACUGUCCCUUUUCUAUGGGGACAUUUUCAAAGGCACGUCCAUGUACUGUAUUUAUUUGUGCUCUUUUUGUUAAGGAAAUUUUGUUGUCAUGUUUCAUCCAAGUCAAUAUGUCGGCUAUGAAGAAGCUUAAAAACUCAACAAACGCAGUUUUCCUUAGAAUCUCUACCCAUCCUACUUGCAUAAUGCAUUUUAGCUGUGCUUUAAACAUGUAAUACUCGAAGGUUGAGUGCUUUGUUUCAGUCAUCAACAAGGAUCCUUGGUACCAUGCGACUUGCAUGUUUCUUAUCAGCAUUAUUGUUUAGCAAAUAGGACAGCAUGUAUGAUUUUCCCCAGUGUGGAAACGGUACUAUGAGGAGCAACUGCUGUUAAAUAUGAAUAUCAAAUUGUAUCUCAUUCUGCAAUAUGCUGGGUUAUAUGAGAAGGAUCAUUUGAGGGUCCUCGAGGUUUUCUAGCUCUUUAAAUUCAGGCUAUAAUGGAAAAGCAACUGCUGGUUGUCAUUAAGAUCAGCAAAUGCUUCUCCAGGCUCAUGUUUCCCCUCACUGAUACCUGAGGCUGGUCAGUUAUGCAUCUCGGAGGCAAAGAUUCCAAGCAGCUGUUGACUUGAAUACAAACUGUGUGCGCUGCUCAGUUGGAUUGAUCCUUUUUGAUGGCUACUCCCAUUUCCUUUCUAUGAACUCUUCAGCAGAAUGUAUGCCUUCAACCAGUUCUGAAAUAAACACAAGUUUCGUUUCUCUUUUCCUUGUGUUUUCUGCCAGACCUUGAAGAAGACCCAGUCUUCACCUUACAUAAUGUUGGCUCAAACGUUCGAUAACUCGGAUAACUUUGGUGCUUUUCAAACUUUGAAACAGGUAUACUUGAUUGUUAGAACUAUGCGACAUCUUUCCUUUCUUAAAAAUGUCACACUAUAUACAUUUUUAAUGAUUUGUGUUUUAUCUUGGAGUUUCUUGUGACCCUCAGUGUCCCUGUAAUAGAUCACGAGGGUUCGGAAAGUGGAAAGAGCACUGCACACUUUACCUGAGCGUGUCCAUUUGUUACUAUUCCAGCCAAAUGUCACCAAUGUUUAAGUCAUAAUUCUCUUUGGUAAUAAAACCUUACAGAUUCUUGGUGAUCGGAUCAGUAACAUGCUGACUUUAUACAGUACUUAAUCAUUGUAUUAUGCCUCAUUCAUACUGUACAUUAAAAAUAAUAGCUGCCGUAGAUUUUUUGCAUUUUCUGACUGUUUUAUGUAGUAAGCGUUAACGGUUACACUGUCGUGAAAUAGUAGGGUUAAGUAUGUUAUCAUGGGUCACAAUUUCUACAGAAUUUUGCAAAAAACUUGAACAAGCUCCCAAAUGAUCAAUCGAUUUUGUAAUCGAUUUUUGUAAAGCUGUAAUGACUGGGAAAUGGGCUGCACAGUCACAAAAGAAAUUCUACAGGAGUAUGUUUUUCUUUUUUUAGCAACUGUCGCUGAGACAUUAAGAAUUCCAAAACGUCACAUCUGUGCUUCUUUAUGCCUAUGUGUCUUCUUCCGGUCUGGCUGAAAAACGUUUACACAAUCAUGGACAAAAAUGUAAUAAUUUGACAAGAGUCUACCUAACAUGAAAUGGAUGUGCUACUUGUUCACGGGCUGCAGUGUCUGGAAUGAGCAGCCAGUAAUACUGGCAGUACUGUCAGUGGACUUUUUGACUAAAUACAUUUAUUCUCAGAAAUAAAUCCAGUGCAAUAAAUUGUAUUCCACUCUGGUGGGCGUGAGGGUGGCUGCUGUUAGUACAGCUAAAAUUAAACGUUUGGAACCUUGUGUCACGUCUGAUUCAAACGACUACAAUCAGGUGGUGUCAUUUUGAAUUUUUACAAUUUUUAUUUUGUUUUAUUUUUUUGUACUGUUUGUCAACCAUUUUGUUAAAUUGUAUGAUUGAAAUUAUGUAUCGGGUUCCUACAGCAGUGCUUUGUAAGUAUGCCAGUUUUUCAGGCUCCAGCUCCAGGAUAACAUUUGAAUUAAAAAUCAAUUCAAAACUGAUAAGCACUCAACAUUUUAAAAGUACAGUGUAUGUAAAAAUAAAUAUAUGUAUGUGACAAAAAAUAAAAAUUUGAAAUUGA